GGCUGUGGGGCUCUGCUGAACGCUUCUCGGGCUUUUGAGCACCAGCUGUGGAUAUUUGGGUCGGCUGAGGCUGCUGAUCAGAAAUUAAUUAUGGACUACUCAGGGCUGCUGGUGCUGCUGCUGGUGCUCUGCCUCAGAGGAACAUUCUGUGCUGUGGUGCAAUGGGCCGAGUUAAAUGAAGCAAAGGCUUAUCUGAGGCAGUAUGGCUAUCUGAACGAACCCACUGACCCACAAGACCCUCAUUACCUGGAGGAGGUCAUUGAAGCUCUCAGGGUCUUCCAGCGGGUGAAUGAGCUGCCACUCACUGGGGAAGUAGAUGAAGCCACCCUGGAAGUGAUGAGACAACCCCGCUGUGGUAUUGAGGAUCCUUUCAACAAGAAAUUUCACAAGUACAGAGUGUUAGGCCGUUGGGGAAAGAAGAGUCUGACCUAUCGCAUCUACAGGGACACCAAUGACAUGUCCAAGUCAGACAUCAGGACGGCCAUCCGUUCUGCCUUCAACUACUGGAGUGAUGUGGCGGCUUUGACCUUCAGAGAGGUCAACUAUGGCAGAGCGGACAUAAAGAUCUCCUUCCAUAAGAGAGAUGGUUACUGCGCUGUCCCUUUUGAUGGCCGUGGUCAUGUGCUGGCUCAUGCUGAGUCACCACCGUCUGGUAUUGUCCAUUUUGAUGAUGAUGAGUUCUGGACUGAGGGGACAAGUUAUGGUACUAAUCUGCGUAUUGUAGCCGCCCAUGAAAUAGGCCAUGCCCUUGGCCUGGGUCACUCCCAGUUCAAAAAUGCUCUGAUGGCACCAGUCUACACUGGUUACCGUUCCAACUUCCAGCUGCACUCGGAUGAUGUGAAAGGCAUCCAGGCGCUAUAUGGCAAACGCGCCACCAGCACUUUAUCCAGUCCAACAACGCCACAAAGCCUGUUUCCCACAGAAAGCAGUCACGGAAAUGAGCACAUACCCGAUCCCUGCACGGCCACGCUGGAUGCCAUCAUGUUAGGUCCUUGGAGCAAAACCUUUGCUUUUAGUGGUGAUUAUGUCUGGACCAUUUCUGAUCUUGGACACAACACGCCGAUAAAAGUUGACCGACUGUGGAGGGAACUCCCUGGAAACCUGAAUGCUGCAGUGCACUCUCAAAAAACCAACAAGACAUACUUUUUUAAAGGUAAUCAAGUGUGGAAGUACACUGGGUUCUUGCUGGACUACGGCUACCCCAAACCACUGAAACGCAUCCCUCCUAACAUUGAUGCAGCCUUGUACCUGCAGAUAAACAAGAAGCUGGUCUUCAUUAAGGGUUCAGAACACUGGCAGUGGGAUGAGCUGAAGUACAACGACUUAACUUUCUACCCCAAACCGCUCAGCAUGCUCUUCUCCGGAGUGCCAUCCGCUCCUGACGCCGCCUUCACCUGGACCAAUAACAAGAUCUACGUCUUUAAGGGCGAUCAGUACUGGCGAGUGAAUGAGCUGCUCAGAACGGAGAGAGGAUACCCUCUGAGCAAGAGGGAACGCUGGAUGCGGUGCUAGUGUUUGACCAUUAGGAGGCAGCAGGUACCAGCAGGCCUGAAUCAGGGAGUGCUGGUUCCACUCCAGGGGCAUUGACAAUCACACAACCUCAGCCGUAGUAACACGUUGUGAAUCAUCAUUCAUUGGAAAAACUAGUUUGAGACUUUUCAUUUCAUUUCACUGGAUCAAUCUACCCACACCCUCCAGAACAGGCUGAUAUUCGUGAGGCUCACUUCUUGUAGUGUGUAUGUGUGUUUUUGUGACUGUAGUAUUAUGCAAGAUUUUAUAUGAUCUCUGGGAAGAAUCAAGGCCUUGUUUUUUUGUUUUUUUUGCUUCGACAUAUGUGUUGAAUUAUGUGUCGUAAUAAUUUCAGCAAGUUGUACUAUGGUGAUGGGACUGUGCAUUUUCUGCUCAGUUUAGUGUAACCGACUCCUUAAGUAUAUUCAGUGCACAUUUCCACGAUGUCAUGAAUCACACUGGCCAACAUACAUUUGUGUCCUGAUUUUAAAUAACAAAUGUGACAUUUUCUACAAUUAAACAAGACAUCCAUAAUAAAACUG